AUGGUUUCAGGAUCCCGACAGCGACUCCCGACUGCUGCAGUCCCGGCUGCUCGCAACGAGAGGCCAGAUGGGAACGAUGGCGAUGCUGCCAACGACAGGUCAGAUAGGAGCGCUUGCAGCGACGUUAACAUUGACGACCAUGCGAUUGCUACUGCUCUGCAGGAGGAGUAUGCAGCAGCAGAAGCGAGAUCUUCACUUGAGCAAGACCGUAUUGUCCCUCCUGAGCCUGUUUCUAAAGAUCACGCCAUAGCAGCCGCGGUACAGGAUAAGUACAUUGCAGCAAAAACGAAGGAGAAGAGCAGAGGAGAGUCUGAAUUUCAGGCAUCGUCCCAACCUGGAGCUCUUGCAGCAGACUCAGAUGAUCACGCCAUAGCAGCAGCGCUACAGGAGGAGGAGGAGCACCUUGCAAAGGAAACGAAGGGGAAGAGCAGAGGAAAGUCUGCAUCUCAGCCGUCGAUCCAAACCGAAUCUCUUGCAGCAGACUCCGACGAUCACGCCAUAGCAGCAGCGCUACAGGAGGAGUUUCUCAAGGAAGCCGAAUCCGAAGCAGCAGGUUCGGGUGCCACAGGUUCGGGUUCGUGGUUGGGAGGCGCAGAGGAUUGGCUCCGCGGGCUGUUCCCAACCCUGCCUGGGCGCGGAGAAGGGGGAACGGGGAGCCUGUCCAGGAGGGAUGCACCUGGACAUGGGAGGGCUGGCAAGGGCUUGUCCCCUGCUGCCCGGCGAAAUUCGCCUGGGGCAGGAAAUUCGCUGCAAGGAAGAGGGAAUUCGCCAGCAAGGGGACUUUCGCCAUCAAAGGGGAUUUCGCCAAAGGGGGUUUCGCCAAGGGGGGUAUCACCAAAGGGGGUUUCCCCAGCACGGGGAUUUUCGCCAGCAAAGGGGUUUCAGGCAGGCAAAGGCCGGUCCCCAGUUAGGGGGGUUUCGCCCAUGCGGUGGCUGUCUCCCGUGGUGCGGGCACGGGAACCAGACAGGCGGGAUGCAGCCAGGGAUCCCGCAGCACCAGCAGCAGCUGCCACAGCAGCAGCAGCAGCUCCAGCAGCAGCAGCAGUCGCAGCAGUUGCAAAAGGACCAGGAGUGGCAGCAGUAGCAGCAGGGCAGGCAGCGGUGGCCCAUUCGCUUGCUGAGCCAAACGUGUUAUCCGGCCCCAGUGAUCAAUCAAGCCCGUCGAUUGGCCCUCCUGAGAGUCAAUCAAACCCGUCCAUUGGCCUCCCUGAGAUUGUUUCAAGCCCAUCCUUCGGACCUCCUGAAAGUCAAUCAAGCCCGUUCAUUGCGCCCCUUCAGAUUCAAUCCGGACCGUCGAUUCUCCCUCCUGAAAGUCAAUCCAGCCCGUGGAUUGGACCUGGCGCUGCCCCUGGACCCAAUCCUCUCACCAGGUCGUUAUCAGACCCCGCUGAAGUCACACUCGCGUACAGUCACAUCCAGGCAGGGAACAUCGCUUCUCCUGGUGGCUAUGGGGCGGGGAACACGCUUACUGUGUCGCCCCAGGAUGCUUCAUGGGUGAACCCCUCGUUACAGUCAACCCCUAUACAGUCACCCCGUGUUUCGUCUCCUGAGGGUAUGUUGGACCCUCCUGGAGUUAGGCUAAAAUCUCCUGGGGUUGUGUUAAAACCUCCUGGGGUUACCUGUGUUGAUGAUUCCGCAGGUGCUUCUCCUGCUGUAUCAGGUUCACCAGACACUGCAUUGCCUGCUCUUGCUCCGUCCCCUGAUCUAUUUGCUGCUUCCCCACCUGUGCCGAACCGAAGGCUGGUUCUGCAGAUGGCAGAGAAGGGGAGGGAGAGGGAGCAGGGACAGGAGAGUGAGCGGAAGAGGGAGCAGGAAAGGAGCCUCCUGGACCCUGCUUUGUCCCCUGAUCUAUUUGCUGCUUCCCCACCUGUGCCGAACCGAAGGCUGGUGCUGCAGAUGGCAGAGAGAGGGAGGGAGAGGGAGCAGGAGAAGGAUAGGGAGAGGGAGCAGGAAAUGGAGCAGGGGAGGGAGCAGGGGAGGGAGCAGGCGAGGGAGCAGGGACAGGAAUGGAUGAGCGGAAGGCAAGCAGAUGCUGCAGCAGAGCAAGCGGAUGGUUUUGACAACAAUGAUUAUGAUAAUGAUGAUGCUAGUAAAGGGUACAAAGACGAUGAAGGUGAUGUGGGGACGGAACAACAGGAGGAGGAGCUGGAUGGUGACUUGGCUUUGGCCAUGGAACUGGCUUCAGAGGAACUCAGCAACGCUGGCUUGAGGAGCAAUGAGCCUCCGACUGCAGGGCGGUCAAUCACGAGGCUUUUCACCCGAUCUAACUCCGUGCUGCACAGCAUGCGUGUGAACAGCGGUCGACUGCCCUCGUUGCGAGAGAGCCUGUCAAGCCACCAGACUCUCACAGAGAGGCUUGCAGUCUAUGGGCUGAGGGAGUUGCCAAUGGUGGGAGAUGGAAAUUGCCAGUUUCGUGCUCUGGCGGAUCAGCUGUUUCGCAAUGCCAAUCGCCAUGCGGCCGUGCGGCAAGCAGUAGUGCAGCAGAUGCGGGCGCAUUCUGAGCGCUACUCGCCCUAUGUGCCUGACAGCUUCUCCCGCUACCUCAGGCACAUGGCCAGGAACGGCGAGUGGGGUGACCACAUCACUCUGCAGGCUGCUGCGGACAAGGUGAGUACGGAGCAAAGAUCAAUCUCAUCACAUCCUAUCCAGGAGACCAGUUUCUCAUCGAGAUCUUCCCAUGCCAAGGCAAACCCACAAAAGAGUUAUGGCUCAGCUUCUGGGCGGAAGUACACUACAACUCCGUCUACAGUGCUGAGAGCCUGCCUCCACCUCAGCCAAAAAAGAGACACUGGCUCAGCGCGCAUCCUCGCGCAUUCGAGAGCGUCGCCGUCGUUUGGGAAGGGUUUGGACAGCAUCCGCGCAGCAUCGGGGCAGCAUCCGCGCAGCAUCAGGGCAGCAUCCGCGCAGCAUCGGGGCAGCAUUCGCGCAGCAUCAGGGCAGCAUCCGCGCAGCAUUCGGGCAGCAUUCGGGCAACAUUCGGGCAGCAUUCGGGCAGCAUUCGGGCAGCAUUCGGGCAACAUGCCUAAUCUGGGCCCGGGCAGCAAUCUCGAGGGCAUUCUCAAGUGGAGCCUCGCUCACUCCGAUGGCACGGGACCCGCGCGACAGAUCACCGACGAGGAGCGGCAGUGGUUCAACCAGGCCAUGCAGGCUGCAGUGGUGGACAUAGUGCAGCGGAUGAAGGAGAUCAGCAUGGUCAUGGCCGUCACAGAGGAGGGUCUGCUGGCUCAGGGAGUCACGGUGGACGAGAUGGCGGGCAUGCUUGAGGAGCUUCAGGAACACGUUGAAUCCAUCGACAUGGCGAAUGACCUGAAGGCCAUAGGAGGCUUGGAGCCGCUGCUGCGUUUCCUCAAGUCCCCCCAUGCCAUCCUGCGGGCGAGGGCGGCGGAGGUGGUAACCACCAUGGUGCAAAACAACGAAAAGAGCCAACGGAGCGUCAUGGAGGCGGGCGGCCAUCUAACCCUCAUGGAUAUGAUUCUGAACGAUGCUGACGUCACUGCCAGGACCAAGGCCGUUGGGGCGAUUUCAUCCUUGGUCCGCCAUAACCCAGAAGGCCUGGCGUCCCUUCGAGCCGUCGUCGGCAUUAAGGGACUUACCUCCUUAAUCUCCUCCGCCGCCCAACCCACCAAUGACACCACCACCAGCACCGAUAUCGCCACCAGCAGCAGCACCAAGCUCCUACUUAAAGCCCUCCAUCUCACGCUCUACUUCCUGCAGCAGUGCCCCUCAGACCGCCCUCUGGCUCUCUCCUCAGAGCUUCUCACCUCGCUGCUACAGCCGGGGGUGGUGGGGUCCCAGGAUGGGGAUGUGCGGCUGGCAGUGCUGCGCCUGCUGCAGGACCUAGCUCCUGAUAUGACUGUUGGCACUGCUGCUGCUGCUGCUGCUGGUUCUCCCGCUGCUGCUGCUGCUGCUACCGAUGCUGUUUCCCCAGCUACUGAUGAUGGGGAAAGAAGGCGCAAGGGGGAUGAGGUUUCUGAGACAGAGGCGGUUAUUGGGGCCCGAAUCGAGUCUGUAUCUGCCCUGCAGAAGCGCCAAAGUUCAGGUGAAAACGCAGGUGGCUCAGGUGGUGCAUCAGAGCCGGAUUCUGGGGAUCUACAGGAGGAGCUGGAUGCCUUGCUGGCGACGAGACGCGCUCUGAUUGGCCGAAAGGUCACUGCUGCCAGAGGGGAGAGCGGAGUGGGGGGCAGUGCGGGAGCAACAGGUGCUGUAGGUGGGGCAGUAGUAGGAGGAGCAGCAACAGAAGAGGGCUUGCAACAGCCAUUAAUGUUUCUGGGAGCGCCAUGA